AUGGGCGCGGUGUCUCCCGCCUUGCGAUUAGCCGCGUCGCGAUUAAGACCGUUCAGCCGUCAGAUCAGUCUCGCCGUCGCGUUCCCGUUCAUAUGGAUGCUCGUCUCCUUCGUCACACGAAACGAUCUUGCCGGGACCGAGCCUUUUUUUGAAGUGAAUCGAUAUAAGGCAGUACCUAUAACGGGGCCGAAGAUCCCUGUGACGAUCGUCAACGACACACUCGGCGGCUUAGCGGUGUGUCUCGACGGCACUCCGCCCGGAUUCCACUUUCAGGCAGGGUCAGGGGACGGGGCUAACAAGUGGGUCAUCUUUCUCGAGGGUGGCGCCUGGUGUGGUUCAAUCAACGAUUGCUACAACCGAUCGCUCACCAAGCUAGGCUCGUCCAAUCAGAUGCAGCCAUACUCGUUCAUUGGCAUUCUCUCUCCCAACCCGGCAAUCAACCCUGAGUUCUUCAGCUGGAACCGUGCGGUGGUGCGCUACUGCGACGGCGCUUCAUUUUCUGGCAACAAGAGCUACCGCAUCAAAGUACCGAGGCAACCACAUCGUCCUGGCUGUCGUGAGCUAUCUGCUGCUUCUUGA